CGGCAGGGCGUGGGGAGGGGAGAGGAACACAGUGCGGCAACUUGGGCGGCGGCAGCAGCUAGGGCAUGGCGGCUCUCUACGGCGGCGUGGAGGGGGGAGGCUCACGGUCCAAGGUCCUUUUACUCUCAGAGGACGGGCAGAUCGUGGCAGAAGCAGAUGGACUCAGCACAAAUCACUGGCUAAUCGGGAUAGACAAGUGUGUGGAGAGGAUCAACGAGAUGGUGAACAGGGCCAAACUGGAAGCAGGGCUGGAUCCUCUGGUCCCUCUACGAAGCCUGGGCUUGUCCCUGAGCGGUGGGGUGCAGGAGGACGCAUUGAGGGUCCUGACAGAGGAGCUGAAGAACCGAUUUCCCCACCUGAGCGACAGCUACUUAAUUACCACAGACGCCGCGGGCUCCAUCGCCACAGCGACGGAGGCUGGUGGGAUCGUGCUCAUCUCUGGGACAGGUUCCAACUGCAGGCUCAUCAACCCCGAUGGCUCGGAGAGUGGCUGUGGUGGCUGGGGCCACAUGAUGGGGGACGAGGGCUCAGCCUACUGGAUUGCACACCAAGCAGUGAAAAUAGUGUUUGACUCUAUCGACAACUUGGAGGUGGCUCCUCAUGACAUUGGCUUCAUGAAAUACAUCAUGUUUGACUAUUUCCAGGUGUCAGACCGGCUAGGAAUCCUCACGCACCUGUAUAGGGACUUUGAUAAAUGCCGAUUUGCUGGGUUUUGCCAGAAGAUUGCAGAAGGUGCUCGGGAGGGGGACGCCCUCUCCCAGUUUAUCUUCAGGAAGGCUGGGGAGAUGCUGGGCAGACACGUGGUGGCAGUGUUGCCUGAGAUCGACCCGGUCUUGUUCCAGGGGGAGAUGGGCCUUCCCAUCCUGUGUGUGGGCUCUGUGUGGAAGAGCUGGGAGCUGCUGAAGAAAGGUUUCCUUCUGGCGCUGACGCAGGGCCGAGCGACCCAGGCCCAGAACUUCUCUGGCUUCACCCUACUGAAGCUGCGACAUUCCUCUGCCCUGGGUGGGGCCAGCCUUGGGGCCAGGCACAUCGGACAUCGCCUCCCCAUGGACUAUGCUGCCAACGCUGUUGCCUUCUACUUCCACACCUUCUCCUAGGGGGCUGGCCCUGGCUCCACCCCGCCUAGCCCUGUGGACAUUGGGUGCUGGAAAGGAGGCUUUUUUUAAAACAAACAAACAAACAAACACAUAUAAAAGAAAAUAAAUGCACUUUAUCCACUC